CAAAAGCACACUAGCUCAGAGGUUUCAGGUUGAGAUAGAAAUGAACCUGCCAUCCAGAGAGGAGUGCGAGGGCUGGGACCAUGAGCAAGUAGCCCUCUUCAUGUGCAAGAACAAAAUGCAAGACUGUGCAGCCACUGUAAUUAGACUGAGAAUUAAUGGACAGAGACUUCUGAACCUCUCUGAAAGUAUCAUGAGUAAGUUUAGUCUCAUCCACCAACCGCAGCUUCAGAAGAUUGUUCAAGAUAUCAAGAAAAAUGAUGGCAGCUUACUGAAUAAACUAAAAAGACUGAAAAGCAAACCUCUUCCAAAGGUACCAGCAAGAGAUUACAGAGAUAAUGACAGGAAAGGUGAUGAUCAGCUGUCUCAAUCCGAUGAUGAUAAUGAUGACACGUAUGAAAAUCCACACGAUGACAGCUAUGAACCUCCUCCAAGUCACAGAGACUUCAAAACAACUCCUUCUGCUGCCUUCCCGAGGGGGGAAUAUCUUGACAGCUGCCAUAACCGGCCAACGCGGGCCCCCAGGAAGCCCCUCCGCCCAGGCAAAGCCUCCAGACAAUUGCCACCUGAACCCACCCAGAGCGAUGAAGAAGAUUACAUCAGUCCCGAUGGAAUUAAUGAUGAUGAUAACUACAUAGAACCUGCAGAGAAUCCACCUGCCACUCCUAAGAUUCAUGGUGUGAGCAGGACAGGGAUGGAUUGUCCCACGUUGCCAACACCUUUACCUUUACCAGAGCGCCCACCCAGCCCUGACUUUUAUGAAGUCCCAGACAAAGAGGAGAGCUCAUUAUCUCUUCCAGCAAGCAGACAUAUGCCACCAAUACCCAGCCCCAGACUGAAUAUGAGGACACUUCCAUCUACUGAACCCACAGGCAAUGAUGAAUAUGAAGUUUGUGAUCCAGAUGAUUGUUCCAGUAAUAAACCUGCAGAGGGCCCUUCUCCAGUUCCACCCAAACCUUUUCCCAGAGAGAGGUCACCAAAACCAACUUUAAUGCAGAAGCCAGUUUUAAAACAGAGGGAAUUUGAAAGCCGAACACUGCCUGGCAUACAAACUGACCACAAACCUCCUCUAAAAGCUUUUUCACUGGACAUGAAAAGGCCAAAACUUCCUCUUCCACAGUUAACCUCCCCUGAACCAACUGACAUAGGAAGUCUUUCUGCUGAUAAAGGGUCAAUAGACCAAAAUAAGGAUGCAGACAUCUGUAAGAAACCGUGGUAUGCCAGUACAUGCAACCGCAAGACUGCUGAUGACAUCUUAUUUCGCUCAAACACAAACGGGGCAUUUAUGGUGAGGAAGAGCUCUGGUCAAGACACACAGCAGCCCUAUACAUUAGUGGUGUUUUACAGGGGCAGAGUGUACAACAUUCCAAUCCGCUUCAUACCAGCAACACAGCAGUAUGCCCUAGGAAGAGAGAAGAAAGGGGAAGAGUAUUUCAGGAGUGUCUCCCACAUAAUCGAGAACCACCAGAAGAAUCCCUUAGUGCUGAUUGACAGCCAGAGUAACACCAAGGAUGCCACCAAGCUGUGCUGCCCUGUGAAGCCCUAGAGGACCCUCACUGAUUUUUUUUUUUUUAUGGGAAACAGCCAAGUGAUUAUAGUACAUCCCAGCCCACUGUGUUUACUGCCAGACUACUGUUUACAGAACUGAAUAUGCAAUGUCUUCUUCCCCCUUCAUUGUUAAUUUUAGGUGGGGUCAACAGGACUGUAAGCUGGACUUGCCUGCACCUCUGGCCAUGCAGAGCUAAAGCAGCACCGACUCAGAAACCUUUUUAGUUCAUGUUUUAUUAAGAUGCUUUUAAUGCUCAGCCAGUAAACAGUGUAUUAAAGUUAAUACAAGGAAUGUGACAGUGUUGUUGUAGAAGAAGGAAGCAGGUAUCAAUCAUUUAUGACAGUGAUACUUUAGGAAUCCAAAAAAUGCAAGAUUGUUUGUUUUAACAAAACCUUUUUCUUGUGUUGUAUUACUCAACUCACAUCUUCAGUCAUAACAAAAUACCACCAGGAACUGAAAAUUCUUCAUUUAUUCUCUGUUCAACAAAUAAUGCUAUCAAUACUUGUGCACCAUUGCUGCAUACAAAAACAAUCCUAGGCACUUGGUGAAAAUUGUUUGGUAAUAUUUUACAGUACCUCUGGGUGGACUAUAUACAAAUAUAAAUCUUUUAUCUAAAUUGAAUUACAUGAGUAGCUAACACUCCAGAAUGGUCCUUGAUUGACAAAAAAAACAGGAGCCACAGUUCGCUUGCUGAGAAUACUGAGUGACAAUGGCUGCUGAAGGAAAUGCCUAGCAACAGUAGGACACUGGUUGAGAUUGUCAAAGGCGUAGGCCUAAUGAGGUGAGGUAACAGGAAAUCUUCCAUUUAUAGUGCAAUUAAAACAUAAGAUUAUCAUUUCAAGUCAAAGGAGAAUAAACUCAGUUUGGGGGGGAGGGGGUGUACAAAUCACCCAAGCUUCUUGAUCUUUAAAAAUGUGGAAUUCAAAAGAAAUAAUUUUGUUAGUAUUUCAU